GCACAGGCACACACGAGCAGGCUCUCUCGCCGUCUCUGGGGAGACCUUUCAAUUGAUACUCACUCGUGGUCGUGCUCUUUCUUUUCUGACCUUUCUUGCCCAUUUUCUCGAGCUUACUCGCCAGCCAAACACCGGAGACAAAUCCUCUUCGGCUUCUUCUGCAGAGACAAAUGGCGUCAGAGGCAGCCUCCGCAGAAGAAGGCAAAGCUUGGGAGGAGGUCCUCCGAAGGAUGCUACCAGCUGGUGCACCCUUACCCGACGAAGAGCAUCUCGAUUAUUCAAUUGCGGUGGAAUACGAGGGCCCUCCCGUUCCUUAUGAGGUCCCCAAGGCUGAUCCAUUGGAUAUCGCGUCGGCUCCGGCUUCGGCUCGUGCUGAUUCCGUGGCUUCGGUUUCUGACAGCACUUCGAUUCCAGUGGUGAUGCCCAUAAAUCACAGGUUCACCAGGUUUAGUCGCUUCAGGAAUGGUACUUUUAGUAAAGAGUCGCGUAGUCCGGUGGAGAGUCAAAGGUCCUCUUCGGUUUCAGGGACUCAAUUUGAUUUGCGGAACGGGGAGGGUGAGGAUAAUUCGGAUUCCGGAGGCGGAAUUUCCGAGGAUGCGGUUAGUUCUGUGUCGUCUCCACGAGCUCCCAAUUCAGCUCCUCAAGGUGAUGGGUUGAUUGAAGUGAAGCGCCCUACUACUGUGACAUUUAAUACGCCCAAGGAUUCAGAGAACGAAGAGGAUGACGGGUAUUCGUCUCCGCGUUCCGUGGCUUCCGAGCCAGUGGGAUCACCGGUUGCAGUGCGAAAUUCGCAGGCUGGGCCGAAAAAGAAAUGGAUUUGCAGCAGAUGUGGGAAAGGGAAUCGGCUGAAGGAAAAGGAAGCUUGUUUGGUGUGUGAUAAAAGGUAUUGUAGUAAUUGUGUGCUUAAGGCAAUGGGAUCGAUGCCAGAGGGUCGUAAGUGCGUGAGCUGCAUUGGGCAGCCUAUAGACGAAACGAAGAGGUCGAGUUUGGGGAAGUGCUCGAGGAUGUUGUCGAGAGUUUGCAGUCCAUUGGAGAUUAAGCAGAUAAUGAAGGCGGAAAGGGAAUGCGCGGCCAAUCAACUUCGACCUGAGCAGGUUGUCGUUAACGGAAGACAGUUGAGGCAAGAAGAAUUGGCGGAGAUUUUGGGUUGUCCGAUGCCUCCUCAGAAAUUAAAGCCUGGGAAGUAUUGGUACGAUAAAGAUUCCGGACUUUGGGGGAAGGAGGGAGAGAAGCCAGAUAAGAUAAUAAGUUCGAAACUAAAUAUUGGAGGUAAACUUCAGAUGGAUGCUAGCAAAGGAAAUACUGGAGUUUUUAUGAAUGGUCGUGAAAUAACAAAAAUUGAGCUUAGGAUGUUAAAGAUGGCAAAUGUACAGUGUCCUCGAGAUACUCAUUUCUGGGUUUACGAUGAUGGAUCUUAUGAGGAAGAAGGUCAAAAUAAUAUAAAGGGGAACAUCUGGGGAAAGGCAUCUACUCGUCUCCUUUCUUCAUUAUUCUCAUUGCCUGUACCGCCAAAUAAUUCUCAUGGGAUGAAUGAGAAUCCAACUACCUAUUCAACGAGGUCUGUGCCUGAGUAUUUGGAUCAAGGAAGAGUCCAAAAACUUUUGUUGUUUGGCAUGGAAGGAUCAGGAACAUCCACUCUCUUUAAACAGGCCAAGAAUUUAUAUGGCAAUGGCUUUUCUGAAGAAGAGUUGCAAAACAUCAAGCUCAUGAUUCAAAGCAAUAUGUACAAGUAUCUCAGCGUUCUCCUUGAAGGACAAGAACAAUUUGAAGAGGAGGCUUUGGCAGAAAAAGAAUGUACUUUGGAUGUUGAGGGUUCUGGGCCAGAAAAUGUAGCUGUCGAAAACAAGAGGUGCAUUUACACAAUCAACCCAAGAUUUAAGCAUUUUUCUGACUGGUUGCUGGAUAUUAUUGCGUCUGGAGACUUGGAGGCUUUCUUCCCUGCUGCUACACGUGAAUAUGCUCCUAUGGUAGAUGAGAUCUGGAGAGACUCUGCGAUUCAGGAAACAUACAAGAGAAGAGAGGAAUUGCAUAACCUUCCUGAUGUAGCUAAAUAUUUCUUGGAUCGGGUUUCAUUGUAAAGAACUUCAAGGGCUGAUGGAUUAAAAUAUAUUUCAGCUCUCCAGAAGUAAUGAAAGAAUCUUUCAAUUCCUAUAGGCUUAUGGUGAUUGGCCAAUUAGAAUCACCUCUCCUAUCCUACGGGUUAUUCAUUUGUCCUAGCAUACAAUUACUUGAUGAGGUGGUUGCUGACAAAGAGGCACUGCAAAUAAGCUGUUUUUAAGUUCAUAAUAUUAUGCACAAAUAAAGUGAUAUGGCUGCUCUCUCAAGAAGCUUUAACCUGAGCUUUCAGCAUAGAAUCUAGCAGGCUUUGCUAUCAAAUAAUAGAUGUUAAAUUGAGUCACGUAACACAGUUUUUGUCAUGUCUACACCUAAGCUCGUGUAUUUUCAUAACACUUUGAACACUUGACACUUUGCUUCCAUGGAACAUGUGCUCUUGUGUGUAUUUAAUGCAUGCUGUGUUCAUUGACAUCGGACUCAUUACAUUUUUUACUGUUUUCCAUUUGACAAUUUUUGUAAAAAUUGAUGCUGCAGGUCUGAUAAACCUUCCAUUGGUUUCCUGCCUAUCAUAAUUUUUGUGGCGUAUACCAACUUUAUGGUCCCAAGUUUGAGAACUAUAUGAUUUUUAAAAGCAUGUCCUAAAUGCUUUGUAAAUGUUAAAUUCGUAAGCUUGAAUAAAUCCUAAAUCUGGUAAAUCUGAAUUUUGGCAUGACAAAAUGAAUGUUUGACCUUCUUCUUUAAAUCAAAUAAUUAUGUUAUUUAUUUGUUUCAAUGGAGUUAUCUUAGUCCUCCCACCCCUCCACCCCAACAAAAAAAUUUA